CACUUCCGUAGUUUCGUUAUCGACAGGAAAUGUUUUGAUUUGUUUGUUUUAUUUUUUCCCCUCAAACGUCUACAUUCUACUUUCAGUGGAAGGUUUUAAGGACAGUUUUGAGUCCAUAUCAAGAAAAUUCCCAAAAGAAGUUGAUCAGGUUUGAAGAAAUGAUGAAGGCGGCAUCCUUCCUGGUGGCUUCUUACGCGUUCGUGCCGCUCAUCAUCUACCUGUGCCCGUGGACGCUGUCUUACGCCAUCUUUGCUCACUUGUUGAGGGUUCCAUACUUCGUAGCGCUCAACCGUCCCGAAUACGUGCUCAACCACACGUGUAACUUCUACCUGGAACCGGAGCCGGGGGUCCGCGUGGGCGUAUGGCACACGCUUCCUGCCAGCCAAUGGGACGAGGCAGCGGCGGGGAGGGGCCCCGAGUGGUACCGCGCGGCUCUAGGAGACGGGAGUCCUGUUAUCAUCUAUCUCCAUGGCAACGUGGGCACCAGGGCCAAAGAUCACAGGGUGCAACUAGUCAAGAUUUUAAGCACCGCAGGCUUUCACAUUCUAUCUCUGGACUACAGAGGCUUCGGCGACUCGACGGGGCAGCCUAGCGAACGCGGGAUGACCGCGGACGCCCUCCACCUGUACACGUGGGUCAAGCGGCGAAGCGGAGGGUCCGUGGUGUCCCUGUGGGGGCACUCGCUCGGCUCCGGCGUCGCAAGCAACACUGCCGUGAAGUUGCAAGAGCAAGGCUCCAUCUUGGACGCCUUAAUCCUCGAGGCUCCAUUCACAAGUAUCGGAGAGGUAGUUGUCAACUUUCCUCUGGCUAAGCUCUACACGUUCCUCCCGGGAUUCGAACUUUUCCUCUGGAACACUUUGGAGACGAACAAGCUGCGGUUUUCAAAUGAAGACAAUUUAAAGGUGCUGACCUGUUCCCUGCUCAUACUGCACGCAGAAGACGACGAUAUGGUGCCGUACCAAAUGGGUCAGAAGCUGUACCAGAUAUCAGCUCGCACGCACAGGGAUCGGAGCGAGGACGUCCCGCUGGAAAUGAUUUCCUACCCGGCGAGUCGCGGGUUCUCCCACAACGACAUCUACUUGGAUCCCGGCCUGGCCAAGUCGGUGGGGGAAUUUCUGCACAAAGUCCGACGAUAGUAACGCGACUGAAACUCAUCAGCUCAACAAGGCUCAUGGAAAUCAGACUUCACCUCCUCGAAGUUCUUUUUUAUGGAAGUGAACUGACAACUCCAGUGAACUAGUAUUCAC